GACACUUUCAUGCAGGAACUUCCUGCUCCGGACAGAACAGCUUGCUGGGACGGGCUUCAGCAGUUUUUUUUGUCAGCUGGUCCCUGCGAGUACGUCAACUACCUAACAAGACAACAACAAGUAAACUUGGGCCAUUAAUUACGAUCAGCCUCCUUUCAGAUGGGUGCGCAGAGGGCUCCGACUCCGCGGCAGCACCCUGACAUACUCAAACCAGCAGUCUUUGUGCAAGCCUCAUGAAAGGGACAGUUUGAUUGUCCUAGCUUGCAGGCUAACAUUAGCUACUCGUCUGCUGAGUUAACGACCGGGGAGAUGUCUUUUCGGCCGAAAUACCGUCGCCCACCGGCGAGCAUAAAGCAAGAGCAUGACGACGACUCUGACACGGAGGAGCCUCACCUGGGUCCGAGGAGGACGGACGGGCUGGAGACUCAGAUCAUCCACAGUGGACACUUCAUGGUGUCGUCGCCCCACAGCGAGCACCCCCCGAAGAAGGGCUACGACUUCGACACCGUCAAUAAACAGACAUGUCAGACUUAUCAUUUUGGCAAGGCGAGCAUGUCGCACUUCUCCAUCGAUGCUUCAUUGACCAAACUCUUUGAGUGCAUGACCCUCGCGUACAGUGGCAAGUUGGUAUCUCCCAAAUGGAAAAACUUCAAAGGGCUAAAGCUGCUUUGGAGAGACAAGAUCCGCCUCAACAACGCCAUAUGGAGAGCCUGGUAUAUGCAGUAUGUGGAGAAAAGGGAGAAUCCUGUUUGUCAUUUUGUGACCCCCCUCGAUGGACAUGUGGACUCAGACGUUAAUCGUCCCGCUGAGGCUGUUGCCACGGAGGGAAAAUGCUGGAAAAGAAGAAUUGAAAUUGUCAUAAGAGAAUAUCAUAAGUGGAGGACAUACUUUAAGAAAAGGUUACAGAAGCAUAAGGAUGAUGACCUGUCAAGCUUGCUUAAGGGGCCAGAGGAGCAGUUAUCGCUGUUUGGGGAAGUCUCUCCAGACAUGCUCCGUGUCUCCUUUUAUCAGGAUGAAGAGAUUGUUGCACGCCGCGUGCCUCGUAAACAUUAUGAAACACCCGCCCCUAUGGAGAUGGACCCCCUCUUUGACAUGGACGUUCUGAUGUCUGAGUUUUCAGACACAUUGUUCUCCACAUUGGCCUCGCACCAGCCCAUAGCCUGGCCCAAUCCGAGGGAGAUUGCUCAUGCAGGGAACGCAGACAUGAUCCAACCAGGACUCAUCCCCUUACAACCCAACCUGGACUUCAUGGACUCAUUUGAUCCACUGCAAGACUUAUUUCACAGCCUCCGUCAGCCCGUCUUCCCCUCUGUUUCCCCCACUGCAUCAUCUGUCACCCCUCUACCCAGCAGCAGCUCUCAGUCACAGCAGGCCCAGUUAAUGUCUUCCAUGCAGCUCACAAGCAACCACAUUUCCCCUCCUGGCCCCCUGCCCAUCCCCUCUCCCAUGGCCAGUCAAAACAGUGGAACAGGUGGUGGUGGUGAUGCUGCCUAUGUACAAAACUACAUGCCUCUGUUUUCUGGGCAUGUGGCAGCCAGUGAUCAAGCAGUAGUUUCCUCAGUCCCUCAGACGUUAUCCCAUGAUCCGCUGGCACAUUGCCUCCCGGGUCAGAACAUGGUCUCAGCAGCACCCAUGGUUCCCUCACCUUUGGACAACACAGCAGCUCUGGAUGAGACUGUAGCACCAUCUGUGAUCACACACACAGCCUCCUCCAUUGUCACACCCAGCUCUGCUGCCACCACCUUCACCCAAGGGUCAGAUUAUAACUCCAUAUCCGCACAGCCUCCUCCACCUCCUCCGUCCCAACUCCAGUCCUUAGCUCCACUGCCUGCCAGCACUGUCCAGCACCCUCAGACAUUUGUCCUGCCUCGCCCCUUUCAGACAUCCAGUGCCAACAAAAACCGCCCUGUGCAAAGGAUUGCUCCUGCUAACCCCGUCCCCUCCUCACACCUCAUCCUCACAGCACCUUUCCCAGGUCAUGGUAAUGCUGUGAUCGUUACACCAACGGCGAUAAAAGCAGAAGUGGGCCCUAACAGAAUGGUGAUCACGCCGCAUCUGGCAGGGUCUUCUGGAUUUCACGUCAUGUCUCAGACGCAGAAGUCUCCCCAGCCGAUUGUUCCCAAAGAAAAGUCUUGUUCUUCCAACCGCAAAAACCAGAAACCCUCCUCAAGCGUCGGUCACAAUCAGUCAGGAUCGAGUCAAGGGUCACCGUGCGCAUUAGAUCAAGUUCCCAGUCCCCAGUCACUGAUCAGCAGCAGUAGUACACCUCUGGUAAAGAAUGAGCAAAAUCAGAGCCGGAGAACAACGCACAUAUCUGCUGAGCAGAAGAGACGAUCAAACAUAAACAUUGGCUUUAAAACACUCUGCAACCUGGUUCCCACACUUAAGUCCCAAUCAAAUAUCAGUAAUGCAGUCACAUUACAGAAGACAGUAGAGCACAUUGGGAAGCUCCAGCAGGAGAGGCAGCAGAUGCAGGAAGAGGUCAAGAGACUGCGAGAAGAGAUAGAGGAGCUCAACACCUCCAUAAACCUGUGUCAGGAACAGCUGCCUGCAACGGGAGUGCCCAGCACACGGCAUCGCUUUGAUCACAUGCAAGAGAAGUUCAAUGAAUAUAUCAAGAGCCGCACUCUCCAGAACUGGAAGUUCUGGAUCUUCAGCAUCAUUAUCAAGCCUCUCUUUGAAUCAUUCAACGGGAUGGUGUUAACAACGAGCAGAGCAGAGCUGUGUCAGACCACACUGCAAUGGUUCGAUCGCCACUGUUCCCUCCCAGUGCUCAGACCCAUGGUGCUGAGUACGCUCCGUCAGCUGAGCACAACCACGUCCAUUCUUAGUGACCCAUCCCUGCUGCCUGAAGAAGCCAUCCAGGCUGUCACACACACAGACUCAUAGCCUCGCUUGCAGAGGAGGUGAGGUGUCUUGAGAGCCUCUGCACCAACAUCAUCAUGAACCUUCCAACAGCAAUCGUCCAAAUGACAUAUCACUACUUUACCUUAUGGCUAUUCAACAAGGUUGCUACGUCUUCCAUGGAUCCACAACUUCCUUGGGGAGAAACAGUGAAAGAAAUGCAGGCUACAACUGGCUUACAUUCACUUUUUAUGUACGACUGUCAUGCAUUUGUUCUGUUGCACACUGAUUCUUUGGGAUUGAUGCACACUGAGAGCCCUUCCUUUGAUUUUUAGAAGCUUUUUAUCAUAUUAUAUUGGAAUGACAUCAACAAUGCAACAACCCUAAGUGAUAAACUUGUGAAUGCUUUAUUGGAAGGUGGCACUUGUUUGCUUUUUGAACAACAGUAUAUAUUUCAAUUGAAAUUACUUUUAUAAUACAAAAACACGGCUGUGUUGAAAAAGGGAAAUAUUGAGUAAUUGAUCAGUCUGUGUCCUCUCUCAGAUGUAUAUAAGUGUACAGACAUGAUGCUUUUUAUCACCAGGAGAUGAAUGUGGGAUUUUUAGGACUAUAGCUAGCUUUAUUGUAUUUUCCACCCCUCAUUUACUCAGGUGAUUGCUACUUUUGCCAGUGAACAAUAGUGGUUUUCUGGUGGCCUUCUGUCCAUGCCGAACACCUUCCUUCAUUCUUGGCUUGCUCUGCCCAUUUUUAGUGAGUUCGACUGCAAAUUGUACUAGAAAGCAGUCAUCUUCAAUACACACAUUGGUUUUCUACUGGGCAGGUCGGAGCAGCAUGGAGCGAUUUUACUUACAGCCCUCAUAGGGAGCAUAACUGAAAAAAGCAGUAUAGAUUAUUCACAUGUACGGUGUUAAAAGAUCUUAGCUGAAUGCACAGUAGCUGUAGGAGUAUUUUCUGUUCUUUGUUGGUCACUCAGGGCUGCGUUGGUGAGCGUAUUUAUUUACCAUUCAGCUAAUAACAAAUCAAGUCAAGAUCCUUCUCAGCAGGAGAGCAUUUUGGCUGUAACAUCACAUAGUUUGAUUUACUAAUGUUUCUGGAGGUUUUUUCUGCCGGUGGUUACACCAAUUUACAGUGUGCUGUGACAGAUGCAGAAAAACAUACACUGAAACAGACCAAAAGCCAUAUAUGAUUGUGUUACUGACCUCGUCUGUCAAGUGCUUGAGAAUUAGACUCUGUCAGCCUUCAGGUAAAAUAAAGUGCCCUGAUCUCUGCAGGCUGAUUAGUCUUUGUUUUUUUCUUUUUUGUUUUAAAUUCAUGGUUCAGCACUCCUCAGUCAGACAUGGAUUUUGUGACCUGUGUUUUUACUUUCUGUUCUGCAGCGCAACUGAGUUUACUCUUUGACUUUUACGGGAGAAAAAGGAACCAUUGAUAGUUGUUAUUUGAUAAAUGAGCAGCUUUUUGUGUGCCGUCAUGGUGGUUUUUUACUUUUUCUACAAGUUAUAAAAAUCAUUUUAUCACUUAAGAAUUACCUGUGCACGUAAAACUGCUCAAUUUGAAGUAAGGUGGGUAUGGCAGUCAUAAGAAAUGUUACACUUGUAGCCUAUUUGCAUUGUUGAGUUAAAAUAGGCCAAUGUGAUGUGGCAAGCAUGAAGUUCAGAGGUCAUUUUCACCCAAAAUGAUGUUACAGCUACUGUAAGAUAAUGAAAAUCCAGCUCUGAAUGCAGCAGCAUGGAUGAUUAUAAACAGAAAAUUGAGACAUGAUUUAACUUAUGAAAGACAGCCCUUAUGUUCCACUCCAGCUUGGCAUUUGUGUGGUGAUUGUGUUGUUUGUUUUUUCCUCAUCCAGAUUUUAAAGUGUUAUUGUCAUACCAGGUUGGAUUUCUAACUUGUUUGCAGUUUUCUGUGAAGGCGUUUUGUUCUGGAUGAUUGUACAGUGUAUCAUUGCAGAUUGGAUCUGCCCCCCAAAUUUAGUGUUGUGUUUAAUUUGUGUGAAAAAAGUAAAGAUAUUUUCUUAUGCUGCAUCUGAGUGUUUUUUUUUCCUCUAAAGUUCCCAAAUGUCUUUAUGCAACAAACUUCAUGAUUGCCUUAAAUGGUUGUGAAACAUAAUAAAAAGAACACAAAUGAAAAGUGA